UUUAUGGAAUAAACUAUAAACCCUAGUUUAGUAGAAGCAGCAACGAGAUACGAAAUUAGCUAUGGAGGACGGGAAGAUGAAGAAGAAUAGCAUUGGGCAACCAAAGGAGAUUUUCGCUUCCUGUGAUUUCUCUAGUCUUGGGCUUCACCCUGCCUUAUGUGACCAGCUUCGAGACAGGAUGGGCUAUCAAGCUCCGACAUUAGUUCAAGCACAAGCUAUUCCAGUUAUUCUCUCAGGAAGACAUGUGCUCGUUAAUGCAGCUACAGGCACAGGCAAAACUGUAACAUACCUUGCUCCUGUCAUUCAUCAGUUGCAAAAGUGUGAUCCUAGGAUUCAACGAUCUGAUGGUACUUUUGCAUUGGUGCUUGUACCAACACACGAGCUCUGCAUGCAGGUAUAUGAAAAUCUACAGAAGUUAUUGCACCGAUUCCAUUGGAUUGUUCCAGGUUAUAUAAUGGGUGGUGAAAACAGGUCAAAAGAGAAAGCCAGGUUGCGUAAAGGAAUAUCUAUUCUUGUUGCAACUCCAGGACGUUUACUGGACCAUUUAAAGCACACAACAUCAUUUGUUCAUAAGAAUUUGCGCUGGAUAAUAUUCGAUGAGGCAGACAGGAUUCUUGAACUAGGAUUUGGUAAAGAGAUAGAAGAGAUACUUGAUAUUUUGGGUUCAAAAGGCAAAGAUACUAAAGUUGUGAGACAAAAUUUGCUCUUGUCAGCCACCUUAAAUGAAAAAGUCAACCAUCUUGCAAACAUCAGUUUGGAAGAUCCAGUUAUGAUUGGUCUUGAUGACAAAAAGAUUCAACCAUCUAGUAAGCAAGCUACAUCAUUGAUUUCUGAUGCGAUUGAAAGACUAGAGAAUUCUGGGAAAGUAUCAGUUGCUUCAAGUGAGGAAUAUAAUCUUCCAGCUCAACUGAAUCAGAGAUACGUCAAAGUACCUUGUGGCUCUCGUCUUGUGGUGCUUCUUUCCAUUCUAAAGAAUCUAUUCACUGGAGAACCUUCUCAAAAGAUUGUGGUAUUCUUCUCAACAUGUGAUGCAGUCGAUUUCCAUCAUGCACUUUUAAGUCAAUUUCACGGAUUAUCAAAUUCACAAACAGAAACAGAAAAGAAAGAUCUAUUUGUGCAAUGUAACAUUUUAAGAUUACAUGGAAACAUGAAGCAUGAAGAUCGAGUCAAAACUUUCAAUUCUUUCAAAACAGAAAAAUCAGCUCUUUUAUUAUCAACAGAUGUUUCUGCAAGAGGUCUAGAUUUUCCAAAAGUCCGUUGCAUUAUUCAGUAUGAUUCCCCUGGUGAAGCAACUGAAUAUGUUCAUAGAGUUGGAAGAACUGCUCGAUUAGGUGAAAAAGGGGAUUCCUUGUUGUUUCUUCAACCAAUUGAAGUUGAUUAUCUACAAGAGCUUAAAAAACAUGGUGUAAUGUUAACAGAAUAUCCUCUCCUCAAACUUUUAGAUGGUUUUCCUUUACAUGGUUUAAAUUUAAAACACCAUCACCAUGUGAAAAAGUUUGUUUCAAUCGAGAUGCAUCCAUGGGUGGUUUCCUUGCAGAGGUCCCUUGAAUCCUUCAUCUUUAAGGAGGGGAAGAUGAAGAAAUUAGGGCAGAAUGCGUUUUGUUCGUGGGUGAGAGCAUACAGUGCGCAUCGUGGGGAGUUGAAGAGUAUAUUUAUGGUGAAGAAGCUUCACUUGGGACACGUGGCAAGAAGUUUUGGGCUCAAGGAACAGCCUUCUUUGGUGGACACGUGGCACUUUGUGACAGGGAGAAAAGGGUAA